ACAAACAUUUUAAAACAAUUCGACACGCUCUGUAUACAACAAAAAAGCACUCUCUCUCGCUCUUGCUGUCUCUUUCUCCAUCUCGCUCUAACGUUCUAGCCAAAUUAAUAGUUGCAACAAGUUGGGCACUUUAAAAGAGGUUUAUAAUGCCCGAGACGACAGACAAGCAGCUGCACAGAAGACACAGUCCCCGCUCUAAUCCCAUUCCCAUCCUCAACAUCAGCCCCAGGUCCAGGCUCAGAUAUGGCAGCUAUAAUGCAUUACCCCGUCAGCAGGCAACGGAUUUUACGGCCACGCAGCAGUUGAAACUGCGGGCGGGCGAUAUGCGCAUGGCCCGCAUGCAGAUCAGUCUAACCAAGCUGCGCCUGGAAAUGGAACAGUCCGGCAAGCUGGUCGAGCAGCUCUGCCAGGAGGCUGAACUGGAGAUGAGAUUGAACAAGAGGCAAUGAUAACUUCAUAGCCAUGCCAGCAAUCUCAAGGCCUGCUUCAGAAAUUGUCGUGUCUUUUUGGGAUGUUAUAGAUAUGCGAAAUUAACGUACUAAAAAU